AUGGCAAUUCCAGGUUAUGUCGUACCAGGACAAAUCAUUUGCCCAGUCUUUGAAAAAGUUGACCCUCAGUCAUCUGCCGUCCGUAAAUAUGUACCGGGCCAUGGUGUCGCACUCGCUCCUGCGCCUGGAAAUCCCAACGCUGUGACGCUGGCCGCAACUCUUGUCGGCCGUGUUGCCAUCGAGCCACUGGCUGAGGACCCUAGUACAGGACCGUCCUCUACACACAAGAAAAUGACUGUCCACACUUUCCAGGUAUCUGUUCAAGAUAAAUUCUAUUCGCCAGCAACAUUGCUGCAAUACGCACAAAAUACCAACACGGCUAAUAACCAGUCCAAGGUGCCACUCACAAGACAGGGCGUCGAUGUGCUACCAGCCGUCGGGUCUGUGGUUCUUGCACGGGUUACCAAACUUGCACUGCGUCAGGCUGCAGUUGAAAUUCUGGCGGUGGAGCAUUCUCCCACAGAGUCAGCAUUACCUACGCCUUUCCAGCCAGAUAGUGUACCAGUGUCAGCCGAAAGUGGUGCCGGGUUGAACGGACUGGCACGCGGCACUGUUCCACGAUCCAAUGUAUCUUCUGCAGCAUCAUGGGAAAAGGCAGUUGCAUUAUUGGGUGGUGCACACGGUGGCGAGGGAUCUUUUGGCGGUGGAGCUGGUGGCGGAGCUGCAGGUGGUGAAGGUGGUGGCAGCGGUAGUGGUGGAGGUGCAAAUGGAGGAUCUACAGAGGUUGGCGAAGGAUUUGGUGGUGUGAUUCGGGUACAGGAUGUGCGAAUGACUGAAAGAGACAAGGUUAAGAUGGCAGAAAGUUUCCGACCGGGUGACAUUGUGCGAGCAACUGUGAUUUCUCUCGGCGAUGGUACUAAUUAUUACUUGUCGACAGCCCGUAAUGAUCUGGGAGUUGUGCUAGCACGUUCUGUGGCUGGCGAACGAAUGUACCCCGUGGAUUGGGAAACGAUGCGUGCCCCACGGACCGGCGAGGUUGAGCGACGCAAGUGUGCGAAACCUUUUAGUGCUUGA